GAGGCAGAGCUGAGCUGGGGCAGAGUUUUCGGAGCAUGAUCAGUUGACAGGCGUCGCCGUUGCUACUCGACUCGGAUAACAACACAGGCGAAGGUACAGAGUUGUCGCGAGAUACGAGCCCGUAACUGGAUUAAGCCUAGAAAAGCCUUUUGGACGGAUCCGAGCUGAAGGCGGAUGAGCGCAGCCCGCGGAAGGGCAAGUGUGUUUCUGUGGCUGGGUCCAGUUAGCGAAAGAUGAACAAGAACCACCGAGUGCCGAGCAACCGAACUCUGAACGCAGUGGAGGUGAAGAGCAAGUUUGGAGCUGAAUUCAGGCGAUUCUCUUUGGACCGGUCCAAGCCGGGGCGCUUUGAUGAAUUUUAUGGCUUGCUCCAGCAUGUGCACCGGAUCCCUAACGUGGACCUACUCGUGGGUUACGCCGAUGUUCACGGGGACCUUCUUCCAAUCAACAAUGAUGACAACUACCAUAAGGCUAUCUCCGUGGCAGCGCCCCUGCUCCGCCUCUUUUUGCAGCGGAAAGAGGAGGCAGAUUACUCUGCAUUCAAUACGGACACUGUGACCCGUAAGAAGACCCCCGCCGGGCUUGCUGCUGUCCUCCUGCGUCAGGAUGCCAACAAGAAAAAGCCUCCGGUCAUCAUCAGCCUGCCCAAAGACUUCCGCCCAGUUUCCUCCAUCAUUGAUGUGGACAUCCUCCCAGAAACGCAUCGACGCGUUCGUCUGUAUAAACACGGCCAGGAAAAACCACUAGGCUUCUACAUACGCGAUGGUUCAAGCGUGCGUGUCACGUCACAAGGCCUGGAGAAAGUACCAGGCAUCUUCAUUUCCCGCAUGGUCCCCGGAGGCCUGGCGGAGAGCACGGGACUUUUGGCCGUCAAUGAUGAAGUGUUGGAGGUCAAUGGCAUCGAGGUGUCUGGAAAGUCCCUGGACCAAGUAACAGACAUGAUGAUCGCUAACAGCCACAACCUCAUUAUAACCGUCAAACCGGCCAAUCAGCGAAAUAACGUGGUGCGGAGUAGUGGAGGCAAGGCCACGUCUGGCAGCUCAGGACGAUCGUCUGACAGCAGUACUAGUUUCUACGGUUAUUCAACACCAGCCUCUAUGGCAAUGACCCCAUCCCAUAUUAUCCAGAACUAUGAACCAGAUGAGGAGAGCGAAGAUGAGGAGGAUCUGGUGAUUGAGGGGAACGGAGAGGCUAAAUUCAUUCCACCGGCGGUUGCUCGAGUGAUGGCCAGCUCCAGCAUGCCCAGCCUGCCCAGAUAUGAACCCCACCUUCAUUUCCGACCCUCCAAUGGUUCCAUGGCAAUGAGCUCCAGCACGGGGUCUCUAAAUGCCCACGACAGGAGUUUGGAGAGACAUAAUUUAGAGGAAGAAGGCACAGUUAUUACACUAUAGAGACUGAUUUAAUUUUCAAACACACUAAUACUGUCACACAUGCCACUACGCACACUUGUGUGCCAUAGCACGUAUAUUUCGGUGAGUAUGGCAGCAAGAGAGGAUAUAACCACGGGACCAGGUCAUCACUAUAAUCAAAUCCACAGAGAGCAGUGCCGAAAAUAGCUGCUUCAUGAGUAAUAAUGAUCUGACGGAGUCAGAAUGAAUAAAUGCAGAUGUCUGCAGGGUGUUAUGCGUAUUACAUGACGGAGUGCAGAUUUUUGGCAUCGUAUGAAUCGUGACAAUCUUCUUCGACUUUGACAACCACUCGCAUAUGAGCCACGUGGCUUUAGCAUUGUGACCGAGAACAAAGUAUGGUGUCCCAUCUUCUGUUGCUAUGGUAACCGAGUAAAAGUUGGGGUCUGAUGGUACCGCUCAACUUUAGAGGGAACAUGCUUUUCGUCAACUCCUGUCUACAGCACUAACAAGCGGAUUCAUAAUGGUUUGCAAGGGAAUCAUGAACAUUUUUGGAGGCUAGACGAAUGUUUAGGAUAUUUUUUUAAGUGUGAUCGGACAUUUCAGUAAGGUUGUAGACUGCUGCCUCUUAAGAUAUAUUGUGUACAUAUCUCAAUUUUUUUAAUCAUAGCCAAAAAUACAGAAGAUUAAUGUCAUAUUUUUCAUAUAUUGAUAUUUUUUUAUUUGCAUCACGUAUUUCUUUAUGACAAGGGCUAUCUACCUGCUCUGCGGUUAAGUUGACCCAUGUGACCUAAGGUUAGAGAACGCUCUCUGUUUUGAAUACAUUAUGUUUUUAUAGUGCACUCUGAAGUGGACACAGAGCUGUUUCAUGUAUGAAGAGUGUCUCUAACCCUCAAGUGUUGCAAGCGAAUCAUAGAGAAAAAAAUGAAUGUUUUUAAUUGAAUGCUCACAAUGACUAUUGAACAUCUGCCAAAAUGAAUUUUAAGGGUGAUGUUUGUGAAUUGUAUAUUUUGGGGGUCCACACCAUCCACCUUCCACUCCACCAAGGGUGGACCUUUCUACUUGAUCAUUUUGAUUUUUAGAAAAUGACCUCCUAUAUGAAUGACAAACAGCAUGAUGUCCAUCGUCUUUAUGAACAAAAUUAAGCUCUAAAGCAUUCCUUUAAAGGAAUAUUCAAUUUUCUUAAAAGAAAAAUCCAGAUAAUUUACUCACCACCAUGUCAUCCAAAAUGUUGAUGUCUUUCUUUGUUCAGUCGAGAAGAAAUUAUGUUUUUUGAGGAAAACAUUGCAGGAUUUUUCUCAUUUUAAAUGGACUUUAAUAGAGCCCAACAUUUAAUACUCAACUCAACAGAGGACGAACGCGAAACUCCGCCCCAGUGUUUACAAAUGUGUUGAAAGAGGACCGUUCCUACGUUGUUGUAUGUCAACUGAUACUAAUUAAUGUCUUUGUGUCAGUUUAUUGUUUACAGUGGUCCGCAAAUUUGCGUUUUAUAUAUGUAACACGUGACCUCCCUACGUCACUAGUACACGCAUUUACGUUAGGUCGUGCUGGAUCGGACCUAGACGAAAAGUUGUGGUUUAAAAGAGCAUAUUUUUAUUUUUCUUGUCAAAAAUGACAAUCGUUUUGCAAGAUAAGACCCUUAUGCCUCGUUUCGGAUUGUUUAUAGUCCUUUGAAACUCCGUUGAAAAAAACUGUUAAGUGUUAAGUAUUAAAUGUUGGGCUGUAUUAAAGUCCAUUAAAAUGAGAAAAAUCCUGCAAUGUUUUCCUCAAAAAACAUAAUUUCUUCUCGACUGAACAAAGAAAGACAUCAACAUUUUGGAUGACAUGGAAGUGAGUAAAUUAUCUGGAUUUUUCUUUUAAGAAAAUGGAAUAUUCCUUUAAGUUACUAUUACUAUACUGUAGGUAUACAUACAUGACCCUGCCUGUGAAACCUCACUUGAAGUCAUUUUUAUGAUUUACUAAAAUCAUCCUACAUGAAGAACAUUCUGUGAAAAUAUAACCGUGAUAUAUUUAAUAUUGACCCCCGUGAGGCCAUGGCAAAGAUAGAAAUCAAUGUAAAAUUAAUGAGUGUGAUCAAACUUUAAUGCUCCUAAUCUCAAAAUUAGAUUAUAAGACUUCAGCCUGGAUAUCACACACAGGGUCACUUUUUGUCUUUGAAGUGGACUGGACACAUCAUAAAGAUAUUUUUGUGCACACUAUCUGUAAUAUAAGCUUUAAAGAUCCCAAAAUUAGUGUUGACACAUGCACUGAAGGAGAGAUGUGGCUCACGCUGCGCCCUUACAGUUUAAACUGGAUAUUUAGCCUUAGUUUCUUAACACUGCUGUCUCACCCUCGUAAUAGCUGAUGAGGGUUGCAAACACUGGAUGCUGUGAGCAGAGCGCAUAUCAACUCACUUCACAUACAUGUAGAGCUUCUUAUGGCACUUACACUUUACAUUAACAUGUACAUUACCAAAACCUGCUCUGAGUAGCACACUUAUGUAGUUAAAUCAUACGAAUUUUAUACAGAUCAUUCAUUUUAAAGGUACAAGCGACAUAUUGAAUGGAGUCUUUAGCUGUGUUGUUAAUUUAUUUUUUUAGUAACCACUACAUUGGGAUAUGAUUUGGGAUUGUAACCACAAAAGUUGUAUUUAUUUUCAGAUAGACUCGAUGUGUUUUUGUUUUGUUUCAGCAGACAUACAAACCUCAUGAUUUUUUAUUAUUUCCACAUGGUGGUGUUUUAUUUUUUUCAUCCACUAGCAUUUUUUGUGUAUCUUAAUUCCUUUUUGGGACUGGAAAUAUGAAGAAUAUAACCUGCUAUUUUCCAAACUGUGAAUAUCUUUAAAUUUCUAAAGGAAAGUGUAUAUCUAUGACCAUCUGCUAUAGGAGACCUAGAAAUGGCCUUUUUUAGCGUUAACGUGUCAAUUUCUCUUUUUGAUAAUGAGCUUGCCAGAUGAAUCUUAAGGUAUAGAUUUGUACUGAAAAUUGUCAGUAUUUUCUUAAUAGUGCUACAUGAUAUAAAUUUGUUUCACAUAAUGAAACUUUGCAAAGAAUAAACACUAUAUUAAGACAUAGCUGCACAUGUAUUAUAGUUGAUUCUUAGAUGAAAUAAACUAAUAUGUUGAUAAACAUU